AUGCCGUUAGACGUUCAAUCGACUAACGUCCGUGUAUACCUCCGUCUGCCACCCUUUAUGCUGCUGACGCCGGUACACCGUACCGGUUCACGUGGAGUUUCCAAGUUCGACGAGCUUUUGCCUCGUUGCUUAUUUAGUGCUCAACUAACAGAGGCCGUUCAAGGUUUUGGUUCUGGUGAUUUAGCCAUGGAUGCGGACAAGGAGAUUCCUACAAACAGAACUUACCGGUUAAUUGGAACCCUGUUCAAUUUCCUUCUGAAGUGCAUUUUCCGGCUUCUCUCCUUCGGCCCAAUACCACAGCACAUCGCCUUCAUAUUAGAUGGAACAGAAGAUAUGCAAGGAAGUGGUCUUUGGAGGAAGGGGCGGGCCACAGAUUGGAGAAAACCGCACGAAGUCCAGUACGUCAUGGACUUGAUGCAGGAAAAAAUUGAAGGGUUGCUCCAAGAGCAGAAAGUACUCAACCGGCAUGGAAUCAGGGUUUAUUUUGUGGGUGACCUCAAAUAUCUGACGGAACCGGUCAGGUCCGCGGCCUUUCGGGUCAUGGAGGCCACUGCCGGCAACUCCCGUUUCAUGAUUGCCGUUUGCGUCGGUUACACCUCCACCUACGAGAUCGCCCACGCCGGUAUAAAUGGUUCAACUGAAGGCUCAAAAGGAGAAGAGAAGAUGGCGUUGAAGCCGGGGGAGGAGGCUCUGAGUUUGGGGACGUCGAGAGUCGCAUGUACAUGGGAUGAUGCCUGA